AUGUCAGCUCGUGGUGGUGCAGUAAAGAAUAUUUUUGUUAAACUUAUUGUCAAUGCCGGUCAAGCUGCCCCAACCCCUCCAGUUGGUCCAGCAUUAGGUUCCAAAGGUGUUAAAGCUAUUGAUUUUUGUAAAGAAUUUAAUGCAAGAACAGCAUCAUAUGCCCCAGGUGUUCCUAUUCCAGUUGCUUUGACUAUUAAACCAGAUAGAAGUUUCCAAUUUGAAUUGAAAUCUCCUCCUACUGGUUAUUUAUUAUUCAAAGCUGCUGGUAUUGAAAAAGGUGCUGCAGAAGUUGGUCCAGGUAAACCAUUUGCUGGUGAAAUUUCUUUGAAACAUGUUUAUGAAAUUGCAAAGAUCAAAAAAUCCGAUGAACGUCAUAAAGAUUUAGCUUUAGAAGGUAUAGUUAAAUCCGUUAUAUCGACUGCUAAAAGUAUGGGGAUCAAUGUUGUGAUAUAA